UGCUUUGAAAAUUGCAGCAAGCCUUUUAGCAGUGGGGACCGCCGGCUGUAUCCGUGUGACAAACGGCCCUGCUACCACACACACACACACUGGGAAGUCCCGUCCACACCGCGCGCUGCAUUUCUCCCCUUUCACUGCCGGGAAGAUCAGCGGGGCCGAGUUCCCGUCUUGAUGCUGUCCCACAGCGCUGCGGUUGCAGGGAGCUGCCAGGCCCCGCUCACCGCUCCUACACAUCCACAGGCACCUACGUGUCUACGACUGUGUACAUGCACACGGGGAGCAGCGGUUCUGCUGGUUUGUCAAAGAGAAAACGGGCCACGGGCAGUAGGAACAAAACCCAGCACGAUUCGCGAUGGGAGUUCCCAAUAUUUACUCUUCUCCCCACGUCUCUCCCGCUGUCACCGUGGCUUUUUGGGGGUUGCCCCACACAGCCCGGCCGGGCCCUGAGCGAACCCCGCAGUUCCUCCCGUGAACUUUCCCCAUGCAGAUUCGCGGGCCGCUCUCUCCUGUCCUCUUGGCGGCUGCGAGGAGGAAAUCUGGCAGGGGCUCCUUCCCAGCAGUCCCCGAUCUGCUCCAAACGCACUCUUGGAGGCAGCCUCUCUCGGAGGGAGGGGUGCGCUACAUUCGCAGUCAAAUUACAUGGCUGGCCUCAGAGGCACUGGCUUCGGAUUUCCAAAGAAAUACUCAUCUUUGAGAAGCCGAGCCAAGAAGAAAAUACGAGGAAGGCCUCGGAUGCGGGAGAACUCGGGAGCUUUCGUUUUCUUCGUGACCCCCGUGUAACGCGUUUCCGACGCUCCCGAUCCCGAGGACGUUCGCGUUCCAUUUCACGACGGCUUUUGCCGGGUAUCGGUGAGGGUCGGCGUCACUUUCUGCGGGACGGAGGAGGACUUUUGCGCACCGCGGUGCCAUGCGCUGAACUGCCGCGCAGCCGCGGGAUCUCCUCCCGGCCCUACUGAGGGAAACCCGGGAAGCCCCAGAGUUGUCGAGUGGCUUCUGCAGCCCACCGGGCAGCUGCGGACCCUAGUGUUGGAUCGAGUCCGGAGCAAAGGGAGCUCUGACGCUUCUCUUCUUUUCGCAGUGAGCGCUUCGUUUUUGCGUUCGCUUCACCCAUCGUUUGGCGAAGUUAGGGCUUGCGAAGCGCAGAUGGCAUUUUGGGGGAUUCACCGCCCGACCAAAACUGACCUCUACAUUCCCCCGAGGCUUCCAUCCCCACAUGGGGCAGAAGGAGGCUGCAGGGAAGAACAGCGAAAUAACUCAAAUAUUUCUCCAAGCUCCUAAAGUAUAGCGACUCAGUGUUAGCACAUUUAAGUGUCAUUCACUUAUACUCAUCAGAACGUAUUUCAUUUUAAAUCUUGCAUUUUUCUCGAGGACUCCACGCACGUAAUUGCUGGCAGUGGCAUCUCGGGAUGGACGCAUAAUGUCCGCUUAGUCGCACAGAGCCCGGCCAGAUCUCUCCCCGCUGAUGCGCGCUCCCCAGCGCCCAAACACGCACGGAUGUGCGCUGUGGAAGCCACACGGCGUGUAAAAAAACACAGCUCCUACAGCAAAAACAGCGCUUUCCGUGGAUUUUUUCAGGCACCCGAGCCCCGGGAUGACAUUUUCUACCUGCAUGAUAUAUGUGCAAAGCACACACGGGGAAUUUUCCUUACAUUGCGUGUGUGCUUCCUUCAGAUUUCUGCGCAUUUUACAUCGCAUUGGAUGCUUCCAUCCACCAACUGCAUUCACCCCUGGGCUUGUUCUGAAUUAAAGCUUCUUUUAUAGUCUGUA